GUCGCUGUCGGGCCGGAGAGAGGAGCGCAGCGGGAUGAGCGGGGCCGCUCUGGGUAUCGAGAUCGUGGUGGUGUUCUUCCUGGCGCUGUUCCUGCUGCACCGGUAUGGAGACUUCAGGAAGCAGCAGCGCAUGGUGCUGUUCGGCACGCUGCUGGCCUGGUACCUGUGCUUCCUCAUCGUCUUCAUUUUACCUCUGGACGUCAGCACGACCAUCUACAAGCAGUGUAAGAUAGACCACGAGCACGCCUCCGCUGCCACCGCCAGCCCGUCGUCCAAUCACACGGCUGCAAACACAUCUGUCACACCCACUAAAAGCAGUGUACCAACGCCAUGCUACAAGCCGUGGAGCUACAUCCCCGAUGGCAUCAUGCCCGUGUUCUGGAGGGUGGUGUACUGGACGUCCCAGUGUCUCACGUGGUUGCUGCUGCCCUUCAUGCAGUCGUACGCUCGCUCUGGAGGCUUCUCCAUUACUGGGAAGAUUAAAACGGCGCUGAUAGAGAACGCCAUUUAUUACGGGACCUACCUGCUCAUCUUCGGCUCUCUGCUCAUAUACGUGGCUGUUCAUCCUGAGUGGCACCUCUCCUGGUACGAGCUCCAGACCAUCGGGAUCACAGCAGCUAACACCUGGGGCCUGUUCCUGCUGGUGCUGCUGCUCGGUUACGGCCUGGUGGAAAUCCCCCGCUCCUACUGGAACGCUUCUCGUCACGGGCACUUACUCAUCAAGACGUAUUUCAAGGCGUCCAAGCUGAUGACGGAGAAGGCGGAUGCGGAGGAGAACCUGGAGGACGUGAUGGAGGAGGUGAGAAAAGUCAGUGAAUCCAUCAAGUAUAACCAUCCGCUGAGGAAGUACAUCGAUACAAUUCUCAGGAAGUGCCCGGUGGACUACCAGGAGAAGAUGGGCAGGAACAUGGAUGACUAUGAGGACUUUGAUGACAAACAGAACACUUAUCCCAGUGAGAAGAGCCUGGUGAAGCUUCAUAAACAGGUGAUCUACGCGGUUCAGAGACACAACAGGACUCGGGUCCAGUGGCAGAUCCUCCUGCAGCAGGCCAUCCACCUGGAGGAUGUAGCCAAGAACGAGACCAGUUCCACCCACCAGUUUGUCCACAGCUUCCCAUCCUCUGAGCUCGCCGGCUGGUUCAGCAGAUACGUGUACACGCCGACUGUAGAGUGGUACUGGGAGUGUCUCCUGAAGUGCUGGUUUUACCGGCUGCUGUCUGUGGUCCUGACUCUGUUCAGCGUGGCCGUGGUCUGGUCUGAGUGCACCUUCUUCAGCACCCGGCCCGUCCUGUCGCUGUUCGCCGUGUUCAUCCAGCUGGCUGAGAGAGACUACAACUACCUGUAUAUCGAGAUGGCGUGCUUCAUCACAAUCUUCUUCCUGUGUACCUGCGUUUACUCCACGGUGUUCCGCAUCCGGGUUUUCAACUACUACUACCUGGCCUCCCAUCACCAGACUGAUGCUUACAGCCUCCAGUUCAGCGGCAUGUUGUUCUGUCGUUUAACGCCUCCUCUGUGUCUGAACUUCCUGGGCUUGAUCCACAUGGACUCUGCCAUCUCCCACCAGCAGAAGGAACAGACCGCUUACACCUCGAUCAUGGGAUCGAUGCGUGUUCUCUCUUUCAUUGCUAAUGGCUUCUACAUCUACUACCCCAUACUGAUCGUGAUCCUCUGUAUCGCCACCUACUUCAGUCUGGGGACUCGCUGCCUGAACCUUCUGGGCUUCCAGCAGUUCGUAGGCGACAGUGAAAUGACCUCUGACCUGAUCGACGAGGGCAAGGAGCUGAUCCGACGGGAGAAAAGGAAGCGGCAGAGGAUCGAAGAUGGCGAGAACAGACGGAGAGAGUGGAAGGAGCGUUAUGGAAGCCAGAGAGAAGACUACACGGCCAGGAACAGGAGCAGUCAUGAAAUGAAGGAGACCAGUUACUCAGACACUGUGCCCCCCAGCAAUACCAGACAAGCUAAAUAUUCCCGGGCCGGGAGUCGGGCUGAGAGGGACUGCAUCGAGCUGCUGCAGGACGCCGAACCUUUAGACUUCAACGCCGAUUCCCUGACAGACGACCCUCUGGACGCAGACUCUGGCAGACACGCAGGAGGACGCUAUCUGUCCAUGUCCUCGUCUCGGAGCCGAAUAUUUGACGACGUCUGAGGAGGAGGAGAGAUGUGAAGAGCAAGGGGAACCCAGUUGAACGUCACAGUCUACAGGAAGUGAAUGUACCACAUGACCUCCUCCACCUCACAGCUCACAUGCUGUCCCCCCCUCCCCCAGGAUGCAUGGUAAUUAAAUAACAACCCGGUCAGUGAAGUCCUGUUACCUGGAAUAUCUUCAGAAACAUGUUACAUCAGGUCUCGUGUCCGGCUGCGAAUGGAGGCUCUUUAGAAUAAAUCUGUAUUAAAGUUCCAUAAACUGUUGGUGUGAAUGCAGACUGACAGAUAUUGAUUCUGAUCCAGAUCCAGCCCCCCCCUCUCCUGUCUGUCUGAGCUGCAUGUGCAGGAGUGUGAGCAUGCUCAUGAAUGUGAGUCUGCAGCUGCAUGUCGACACACCGCGUCAGUGAACGGUUCAAUGAAGGUCCAUGACUUUAUUUAUUUUGUUUAUUCUUUGUUUAUCUGUUAUUUAUCUGUAUGUCGUCAUAGAAACAGACACUGAUAAACCUCGUCAGCAGGGCUGCAACUAACCGCUAUUCUCAUCCUCGAUUAAUCUGUCCAUCAUUUCUCCAUUAUUCGAUUGGUUGUUUGGUCUAUAAAAUGUCCUCAAAGGUACUCCGUGUACUGUCAUAGAGGAAUAAAGCAACCAGAAAUCUUCACAUCCGAGGAGCUGAAAUCAAAAACAACAACAAAAAUGACUCAAAGCGAUUAAUCAAUCUUUAAAAUAGUUGGUGAUUAAUUUAAUAGUUGACAUCUAAUCGAUUAAUUGACUAAUCGUUGCAGCUUUACUGAUAAGUUUGAUGUACUGCUGAUUUAAUCCGUCACUUCAUGUGAAGGUCUAAUAACUUAUUGAAUUGUAAUCA